UUUCUACUCGGUCCUAUUUUGACGUUAGCGCACUUCCUUCCCACGACAGAAAGAGAGCGGGGAAAUUUGACGCACUCAGCUGUGCUGUCCUCUGAACAUCAGUCUGGACUUGUCUUCACACAUUAGAAAGCUGAUUUAAAAAAGGUUUAUCAAUCAAAACAGUAUCGAUCCGAGCCGUGCCGUGCCGUCUGACCCACCAUGAGGACUUUAGAGGAGGUCCAGGCCACUCUGGAGAUCGCCAAACUGAAAGAGGAGGACCUGCAGAAAACUGUCCACUGUCUGUCUUUCGGGGAAAAUGUUUCAUCUGCAGAUUACUGCCUGAUGGAGCUGGACGACACACUGUGCAGACACAUAGAGGCUGGGCAAAGUCUAGUGAUUCGAGGCGACAAGGAUGAGCGUGCAGUUCUCUGUAGUGGUGACAAGACCUACGAUCUAAAAAUAGCAGACACGUCCAACCUGCUGCUGUUUGUGCUGGGCUGCAGAACACCAGACCAACUCACUAACAGCCAGGAGAGCUCUCAUGUGGCACAUGCUCAGAUCUGGGGAUUUUCUAACAGCUACUGGGAACUGAAGAAACAGCGUCCUCGGCUAAAGAAACUGAAGAAGCUUUUGAUGGAGAAUCCUUAUGAAGGACCUGCUCUCGGAGGAGAGGAGGUUACAGAAAACAGGUACACAAUGCAGGAUCUGUUGGAGAGGAUCCAGGCCAGUGAAGAGGAGAUAAAGACCCACCUGGAGACAAUCCACGCCUGUCAGAUCGAUGGCUACUGGCGCGUGCUAGACUUUGACUACGAGAUGAAGCUGCUUGGUCACGUAACUCAGCUGGUGGAUUCGGAGUCGUGGUCCUUCAACAAGGUCUGCCUUGAAACUAGUCUGGAAGAGUUAGCGCCACUGGAACCCAAAGAGAUGAUCGAGCACUGUUUGAACUCCUAUGGCAAACGCUAUACUGAAAAUGACAAAAUAUUCUAUGCACUACAUGAGGAUAAAGUGUGUCGGGGCACGGCACUACUGCUGCUGCACAACGCUGUCAAGUUCAACCUGAGGGAGUUUCAGGAAGUGUGGCAGCAGAGCGUCCCAGAGGGAAUGAGCACAAGACUGGACCAGCUAAAGAGUGUUGCCCUGGUGGACCGCACAUCCCGUCCGGAGACCAUCUGCCUGCUGCGGGUGGAGGAUCUCCCCGAGGACACGCAGGAGCGCUUCAACCACCUCUUCUCACUCAGAGAGAAAUGGACUGAAGAUGACAUCACGCCAUAUAUACAAGACCUGUGUGGAGAGAAACAGACGACCGGAGCCCUCCUGACCAAAUAUGCUCGAUCUUCAAUGCAGAAUGGCAUCAAGGUCUUCAACUCCAGAAGACUAGUGGCUACAUGAACAUGUCACACUGUCAAGUUAUGAAAAUACAUGUGAAAAUUAAUGUGGUUAUGUCUUAUGACGUUUGCAAUUGUCAGAUUUAUUUUAUUUUACUCAAAAUUGUCUAUAAAAAUGCCUUUUUUAGCAUCGAAGGUAUUUAUCAGUCUACUAUCUCUCAGCAGUUUAACUAGUUAUCUUGUAAAGUGUGUUGACAUGUAUCGACAAGUUUUUGUCACUAAAACCAAGUGUGAUCUUUGUUACUUUG